AUGUCUGGAGAACAAAGACCGACCGUCAGGAUGAACAACUACUUUCAAGGUAGAGGCGAGAUGGAACGUCUCGGCUACUUCGAGCAAGAUCAUGGAUCAUGGGCGCCUUAUCGGUGGACUAUCGCAUACACAGUCGAUGGAACUACCAUGGGAAAAGCAUCGGCCGCUCGCAAGGAAGACGCGAAGAACGAGGCAGCCCGUCAACUCUGUCAGAAUAUGGGUAUCUGA